AUGUCAAUUUCAAUAGGACAACGAUCACAAUCUAGUCAACCAUCAUGGAAUUUAACAAUCGAUUCAAAAAUUGUCGUUGUCACAGGUUCAAUGUCAAUUGGUGCAGUUAUAGCUCAAUUCAUGAAUUAUCUUGAUAUGUCUGAAGAUUUGUCUGAUCAUGCACUUUGGUGUUCAACAGCGAAUAUAUGGCUAACAAAUACAACAUGGACACUUGAUCAAUAUGGUAUACAAUCUGAUGCAAAUCUAACAUUUACAACUAAACAUAAAUUUAUUCGUUUACAACUACCUGAUUUACGUAUUUUAUCAAUUCGUGUUGAUUUUUCUGUUUCGGUUUUUGCAUCAAUUUGUAAACUUUGCAAAGAUCUUGGUAUUCGUCAUGCUGAAGAACUAUCAUUCUUACGUUUACCAAUUGUUUCACAUCAUACAAAUGAAUGUUAUACAUCACCUCGACAUCGUCAACAAAAUUUUUCAAAUACACUUAAUCGACAUCAUUCAAUUGGAGAUUCAUUAGCAAAUAAUUCAUCAACAUUUUCUCCAACAACACCAAAACUUCGAUCAAACAAUUCAACAUUCCAUAAGCAACGUUCAAUAUCAAAUCUAUCAAAAUCAUUGAAUAGUUUAACAAUAAAUGAUCGAGAUCUUGCUCGAACACCAUUAAUAACAACAAAACAAUUUGUACCUCAAUUAUUACGACCAAUAAAUUUAAUUGAAAAAUGUAAAUUAAAUAGUUUAUGGUUUGAUUCAUCAAUAUCACUUAUGGAACAAAAUAUUCAUGAGAAUGAUUUAAUUUUAUUACGUUUUAAAUAUUAUUCAUUCUAUGAUUUAAAUCCUAAGACUGAUGCUAUACGAUUGAAUCAAUUAUAUGAACAAGCUAAAUGGUCGAUUUUAACUAAAGAUAUUGACUGUACAGAAGAAGAAAUGAUGACAUUUGCUGCUUUACAACUUCAAGUUCAAAUUCAAUCUUCAUCAAAAAUAAUAAUUAACUCUUUAAAUGAUGAUCUUAAUCAUGAAUAUGAUAAUACAGAUAUUGAUCAAGCUCUUAAUCGUUUACAAAAUUCUUUAUUAGGAAAAACUAAAAGUCAAUCAAUACAUUCACUAGUACAAUCAAAUACUCUCAAACAAUCGAAAAAUGAUUUAUGUGAUUAUUUACGUAUAUUCAAACCACGUCGAUUUAUUUUUAAAUCAUUUAAACGUUAUUGGUUUGUUUUACGAAAUACACAAUUAAAUUAUUAUACAGACGAAUGUCAACAACAUAGUACACCGAUUGAAAAAAUUUUACUUAAAGGUUCAGAAAUUCUUCCCGAUGUAAAUAUAUCAACAAAAAAAUAUUCAAUUCGUUUAAUGAUUCCAUCCAUUGAUGGAAUGAAUGAAAUAUUAAUUAAAUGUUCAACAAUAAAACAAUAUGCAACAUGGAUGGCUGCAUUUCGUCUUGCAUCAAAAGGUCGUACUAUAGAUGAACCAUCUUAUGAAACGGAACGAGAAUCAAUAUUAGCUUUACUUAAUAUGCAACUACCAUUAUCAAAUUCUCAACAUACGAAAUGUGAUAUUCAACCAGAGAAUUAUGUAUCAAUAAAAUUUUCAAAAAAAUAUAAACCUAAACAGUUAACUGAACGUAUUCUCGAAGCACAUGCUGCUAUAAGUAAUUUAGAUGGUACAGAAGCUAAAUUACGGUAUUUAAAACUUUGGCAAUCAUUACCUGAAUUUGGUAUUUCAACAUUUAUUGUUAAAUUUAAAGAUUCAAAUAAAAAAGAAGAAUUACUUGGUAUUGCAUCAAAUCGUCUUUUACGUAUGACAAUGACAGGUGAUAUAUUAAAAACAUGGUGGAUAUCUCGAAUGUGUUCAUGGAAUGUUAAUUGGGAUAAAAAAUUAGUUACUAUUGAAUUUGAUGAUGAAUUAAUACAAUUUUUACCAUUAUAUGGUACAAAUAGUAAAUGUAUACAUGAAUUUAUUGGUGCAUACAUUUUUUUGGCUAUGAGAUCAAAUACAACAAUGUCUGAUAAUAAUGAUCCGCUUAGACAAGAGCUACUUUUUCAACGACUUACUGCUGCUUAUUCAUAG